AUGAGACUCUUCAAGGUGGAAGAGAAGGUUUAUGGCAGAAACGUCAAAAGAUCAUGGAACCUAUACGCAAGCCGAGUCUCCAAGAAGCUUAAACUCAAAGGACGUCCUAAGGAGCUUUUGACGACUUUAAGCAACAAGGCCAAGACUAUGGCUGGUCGGAAGAAAAAAGCUUACGACGGCUGUGGAGGUACAAAAGCAAAGACGGGGUUGGAGAUGGUGAUAGAGGAGGAAGAGGAGGAGGAAUAUGGCAUUUGGCAGAGAAAGAUUUUAAUGGGAGACAAAUGUGAGCCGUUGUGUUAUUCCGGAGUGAUCUUCUACGAUUGUAGUGGACAUCAAGUAAAGGAACUGCCUCCGAGAUCGCCAUGUUCCAUUUGGGUGCCGGACCGGCCGACCCGUUCACAUGUUGGGUCGGUGUUAAGCUCGACGGAAGAGGAAUUUUAA